GCCCACCUAAACCUGGAGAAACGUCUGCUCCAUCGUGCUCAAUCUCAUUUUUGUUUGUUCAAGUUCUCGGUAACUGAAAAUAUUCGAUUCUUCACAAGAAGAGUAGUAAAUUAAAUCUCCUCAUAAUUGAAACCACUGGUCUGCCACUAAAAAUGGAACCUGGAACAAAACAACGCCUUGCCAAAGUCUCUGCCCUCGCCAGGACUGUUUUCCACUGGGGUUUCAUUCCUACCGUUUUGUACCUUGGCUUCCGCAAAGGAGCUGAUCCAGGAAUGCCUCCUCUCACCAUCUUCAGCUUGCUGUGGCAGUAGUGUUUAAUCCUCAAAUUAUUAUUUGCACUCAUAAAAAAUGAACUUUUAAUUUAAAACAAUAUUUGCAAGUCUAAGUUUCAUUCGAAUGAUACUAACUUGGUUUGUUGAACACAAAAUAUUUUGAUUUAUUUAUGAAUGAAGGAAAUAACAUGUACAACAGUUCAGUUCAAUGAGUUAAGGAGAAAUAAAUAUGAUGUAAAUUGAAA